AUGAAUGAGCUCCGCGGUGGUGGGAUUCUGGAGCUGCUCCACGCCAGCAUCCGGUACGCCGUCGGUCGCCGCUCCCUCCGCCAUGGCCGGCAGAUUCACGCCUGCUUUGUCAAGCACGGGUUGGUGCAGUCGUGCUCCCUCUGGAACGCCCUCCUCGACCUGUACUGCAAGUGCGGCCUCCUCGGCGAUGCCCAGCAGCUGUUCGAGGGAAUGCGCCACAGGGACCACGUCACCUGGUCCACCAUGCUCGCCGCCCAUGCACAGUCCGACCACCCCCGCCGGGCGCUCUCCCUCCUCCCGGCCAUGCUCCUCGCCGACGGCGUGGAGCCUGAUGGGUUCAUCUUCUCGGCGCUCGUCAAGGCCUGCGCGCGCAUGGCCGCCCUCCGGCGGGGCCGGCAGCUCCAUGGGCGCUUCGCUGCGUCGCUCUUUGCUGGCGACGACGUCGUCAAGUCGGCCCUCGUGGACAUGUACUCCAAGUGUGGCGCGGUUGAGGAUGCCCGCAAGGUGUUCGAGACGAUCGGCAUGAGGAACCCCGCCUGCUGGACGGCGAUGGUCGGCGGCUACGCCGCCGACGGCAGGCACGAGGACGCCGUCGGGCUCUUCCGAAGGAUCCCCCGGAGGAGUCUCCUGUCUUGGACGGCGCUGAUCUCUGGGUUCGUGCAGAGCGGCGCCGACGCCGGCGCGGUGGAGCUGUUCGUGGAGAUGCGGAAGGAAGGGGUCGCCGUCGACGACUCCUUCGCGCUCGCCGCGGUCGUCGGCGCCGCCGCCAACAUGGCGGCGCUGGGGUUGGGCAGGCAACUCCACGGGCUCGUCGUCUCGCUCGGGUACGAGAGGAGCGCCUACGUGGGGAACGCCCUGGUGGACAUGUACGCCAAGUGCAGCAGCAUCGCCUCCGCGAGGUCCGCCUUCGAGAGCCUCUCGGUCCGGGACGUGUUCUCCUGGACGACGAUGAUCGUCGGCGAGGCCCAGCACGGCGGCGCGGCGGCAGCGCUGGUCCUCUUUGAGAGCAUGGUCGCUGCCGGAGUGGAGCCUAACGAGGUGACCUUCGUCGGGGUGAUCCACGCCUGUAGCCACGGCGGGCUGGUCGAGCAGGGUCGCUGUUUCUUCCGCUCCAUGGUGGAAGACCAUGGGAUCAGACCCUCCCUGCAACAUUACACCUGCUUACUGGACCUCCUCAGCAGGGCGGGCCUGCUCGCCGAGGCCGAGAGCAUCAUCACCACGAUGCCGCUUGCGCCGGACGAGGCCACCUGGUGCUCCCUGUUGAGCGCCUGCCGGAGACACGGAGAUGCGGAGAGGAGCAUCAGGGUUGCAGACCAUCUGCUUGGUUUGAAACCAGAAGAUUCUUCGACCUACGUCCUUCUCUCCAACACUUACGCAGCAGCCGGCCGGUGGGAUUCCGUCGCAGGCGUGAGGAAAACGAUGGCGAGGAUGGAGGCGAGGAAGGAGCGGGGUUGCAGCAGGGUGGAGCUGGGCGGAGAGAGCUGCGCCUUCACCGCCGGGGGAUUGGAGCAUCAUCCUCACAGGGAGGCCAUUCUGGGGCUGCUGGAGGCGCUGGUUGUGGAGAUGAAGCGGAGGGGCUAUGUUCCAGAUACCAACACUCUCCCGCGCAAUCUGCAAGACCCUGAAUGA